ACGGCAUCCCCAGGGUCCUAGCGCCGGUCCGGCUGUCUGUCUGCACAUGGGCUCCCCGACUCCCCGCUAUCACUACCUGACCCAAGCACUCCACCACCACCAGAAGCACCACCACCACCACCACCACCACCUCCACCGCAUUCCAUCUCCAGACCGAACCCGUGCAGGAUGGCUCCGUACGGGACCUCCUGCGUGCUGCUGCUGCUCUGCCUCGGCGCCUCCCUGGCCCAGAUGGUGUUCCGAUGCCCGGCGUGCACCGCGGAGCGCCAGGCGCUGUGCCCGCCGCCGACAGACACGUGCACGGAGAUCGUGCGGGAGCCGGGAUGCGGCUGCUGCCCGGUGUGCGCCCGGCAAGAGGGGGACUUCUGCGGGGUGUUCGCGCCGAGGUGCUCCGGCGGUCCGCGAUGCUACCCGCAACCCGACUGGGAGCUACCGCUGGAGCAGCCGGUGCAGGGCCAGCGGCUGUGCGGCCCCCGGAUGGACCCGGAGCCCCCCACUUGGAGCCCGGACGCCCCCCGGGAGCACGCCAGCAGCGGUCAGUGACUGGACGGCUCCGGUUGUUUCCUCUUCCAUCAAUGUUUAAUGAGAGCGUCUAGACCGG